UGUUUAUAAAAAUUGUAAACGCAAAAUUGAAUUGAUUUUGAAAUAUUUAAAUGAACGGAUAACUAUUUGUAUUUUUCUCAUAUGUCAAGUUCUCUUCCUCCUCAAUUAUGAUUGGCAGAUAAGUAUUUGGAAACGACGGCAACAAUGUAUGAAUGUCGCACACGGAAAUUUUCGAACAACCUAUCUCGAACGGUCAUUGAGAAUAGACUUUCAGAGUCGCAUGCGACAUUAACCAUUCGACAUUUUACGCAUGCGAGAAUUGUCGAAUGCUUUCGAGAAUACGGCCCCAGAUACCCUGGCUGGUGGUGUGACUAUUUGAGAUUUGACCAUUCGAGUUAUUUCGAGAGUCGAAAUUCUUUAAUUCGAGACUUGUCGCUCAAAUGUUUUUAGUAAAAAAAAAAUAAAUAAGGAAAAAAGGAUAAGGAUAAAACUAAAAUUAAGUAUACAAUGCUUGCAAAAAAAGUUUUGUAUACUUGUUUCCAAAAAAAUGUUUACAGUAUUUUUAUAAAAUCUUUCUCCUCAUUGGAAAGUAAUUUCAUAAUAAGAGAAUGUAUUAAACCUAUAUAUUUAUUAAAUAAACAAACUCCUAACCUAUAUGUACAGAAAAAAUUAAAACACAAGAAGAACAAGUUUGAACAGGUCAAUGAACCUAAUGAAGUUGAUACCGACGUUGAUAAUCUGUCCUCUCAAGUUGAAUCUUAUGAAAAACUUCAUAAUAGAACAGUUCCUUCUUUACGCUUAGAUACUGUUCUUAAAUCAUGCCUGGGCAUAGGACGCAAUAAAAUAGAUACCGAUUUUUAUGAAAGUAAAAUUCGUUUAAAUGGAAAUAAGGUUACGAAAAAAAGUAUAGAUGUUAACGAUGAAGAUGAAAUUGACGUAUUUGUUGAUGUAAGUCCAGAUAACCAAAAUUUCAUAAUUGUGAGCCGAGUGAAAAUUAUAAAAACAAGUAUAUUGCAAAAUGGUUUCAAGGUGUCAUUUGUUAGGGAUAAAUCAUUAUUAGUUGAAGAUUAUAGAUAAUUUUUUUAAAUUUAUUUGUUAUAAACAUUUUAUUAUAAAAGUAUAAAAUUAUUUUAUAAUAAAAAAAUGUUGUACCACUAAUGAAAAAAUAAAAUUAUUUUUACAAUAA